AUGACGUCAACUGAGGAACAUGCAGGACACAUAAAACGACCAAUGAACGCCUACAUGGUUUGGUCUCGGAAAGAACGCCGAAGAAUUGCCGAGGAAUUUCCAAGGAUGCUGAAUUCCGAGAUCAGCAAGAGACUGGGGACGGAAUGGAAUUUACUUCCGCCAGAACAGAAGAAACCCUACAUCGACGAGGCGAAGCGACUUCGCAUGGAACACAAGAAAGAGCAUCCAGAAUACAAAUACCAACCGAAACGAAAGCAGAAAGGUGGAAAUAAGCUCACUCGAGUAUUAGAUAAUCCAUUCCUCGAGAACCUAAAUAGUUAUCCGCCGAUGACGUUCCAAAAUAAAUUUCCCCUUUCUUCUCCUCCAGUGUUGUUCUCGUUAACUCCGUUCCCUACAGAUCCGGCUCAAAGAAGAUCGCCCGUGCUCCAAACGUUCCCAAGCCCAUCGCCCGCAUUUCCUCACGGCCGCCAUGGAAGUGAUAGCGAAACACAGUUCCAGUUCGAGAAUGCUGUGAUCAGUCAAGGCAUGUUGGAAAAUCCAGUAGUAUUUCAAUCUUUGUAUCCCACUCCAACCUCCCCAGAGAAUGAUUACCAAGUGGGCACAAGUGACGGAACUUUACCGCGAAACGAAUAUCACGUAAAUGGACAUAAGAUUCGCACGAAUGGAAGCGAGUUGCACGCAAAUAAUCAGGAAAUGUCUGCCUACAAUCAGGGAGAACACGAAAAAUGUCAGGUACUACACGAAAACGGGCAAGAUUUUCGUGUAGUUAGUCAAGAAACCCGCGCAAUGAACGGGAACAUUCAUGACACGCGUAUGAAUAUUUCCGAAAUAUACGCAAAUGGUGUGUAUGUGAAUGAGGCAGAUCAUGCAAAUGGUGACGAGAUGCACGUUGAUGUCCAUGGUGUGCACGCAAAUGUGAAACCGUUGCGCACCAGCAUUCAUAAUUUUCGCGCAAACAUACAAGAGCAACACGCACUUACCCAAGUUGUACACGCAAAUGAUAGCGGCUCAAGUGGUGAAACAUGGUAUCCAAAUGGACAGCCGGGAAUACAUCAAUCAAACGACGAUAACACGGUACAUGUGGACCCCAGAAAGUACAAGGAGGUGCCAAUAAAUGGCGAGUACAGAGGCCGUAUGGAUUUACAUGUAAAAUUUCAUGACAAAGAUUUGAAUAAUUCGCGAGCAAACGGCACCGAGAUUCGCGCAAAUGGUCACGAAUAUUCUCCCACAAACUGUUACGAGUUUCACGCAAACGGUUUCGACUGGCGUGCAAAUAGUCACGAUUUUCGUGCUGACAGUCAAUAUUUUCGUGCUAAUGGUCACGAUUACCGUGCAAACGGUCACGAAUUCCGCUCGAGCUACCAAGAAAUUCAUGCAAAUAACCAAGAAUAUGAAGUUCCCUAUUCCAAGAUGAAUUUUACAGACAAUGGUGAAACCAUUAAUUUUGGAAUGCCAAACGGCUUUUUUCACAACAUUAAUCAAGAAUCCACACAAGUUUAUCAUUAA